AUGGACGUGUGCGUGCAGCUGGUGGAGUAUCCGGCUGCACUGCUGGGGGCGACCUGGAUGGGGUUCCUGGGUUUUGUUGAUGAUGCUUUGGCUCUACCGUGGCGCUUGAAACUACUGCUGCCAUUGCUUGCAGCAUCUCCAAUAGUUGCUGCUUACAGUGGCAGCACUACAGUUGUGCUGCCCUGUCGGGUGUAUACGCUUCUACGGGACGCGUGGACUGGCGUUGCUGUUACCGCCGCGCCGGCUGCAGCGAAUGUUGCUGCCGCCGUUGAGCUGCCCAUUAAACAUCUUGUAGGGGCUUUGCUGCUGCUCAUGCAGCAGCUCUGUCAGUGGGAGCUGCAACUGCGGCAGAUCCACUCUAAGUUGCUUUCCUCAAUUCCAGCGGCAGCAGCAGCUGCUGCUGCUUCAGCUGCAAGGUGCGCUUUAUUGGGCCUGCAGCAGUUGUCAGAUCUAUUGCACAACAUCCUUCGUCUUCUUCCCUCUGAACCGAAACUUCUGACCAGCAGCAGUAGUGGCAGCUGCAGCAGCGGUUUCUGGGUGCUGGUUGACUACAAACAGCAGCUGCAGCAGCGACAAUGCAGACAAGAACAAGAACAUCAGCGGGAACCGCAGUCACAGCAGCAGCACAAAGAGCAAAUGAACAAUGUGUGUAUGUCUUCUAUGAUUUUAGGGAUAAAUGGAUUGGAGGUGGGGCAAUCGGUCGUCAUUGCUUCAUUUGUUUGCAUUCACAACGUCGUUGAACUGAGCUCCCACUUCGGCUCGGUGGAUGCAGCCAAGGUGGUAUUGGCGCAACAGCAUUUUUUCUCCUUAGUUCUUUGCCUGCCAUUCCUCGCCACCUCGCUGGCGCUGCUCAAACAUAACUGGUAUCCAUCGCGUGUCUUCGUAGGAGAUACAUAUACCUGCUUUGCGCUCCUCGGCUUUGUUCCGUGCCCUCGCCAUCGUACUCCCAAGUACAUACCCGAGUUGGGGCUGUUGGUGCCCUCGCCGAACUUCACGUUGAUAAACCUCGUUUUAUGGGUCUUUGGCCCAAUGACGGAGCAGCGGCUUCUCUGUAUUCUGUUGUUGCUGCAAGCCGCGUGCUGCGCCUUGGGCCUGCUCCUGCGCUAUCACAUUUGCACGUUUUUGCUCUUCGCCUGA